AGCGAGAGCGAGGGAUGAGGGAGAAGGGGAAGAGGGGGAGGAGAAAACAAGGGGGGCAGCCUGUUGCUCAUGAUCAUCAAAUAGCCUCCACAAGCCUUUCGUCUGUGAGUGGAUGGAGCAGAAAGCGGAAAACACAUUUCACAUUCAUGUGUUUUCCAUCUACCGCCUUCAGCCUCCGUGAGUAAACUGCUGAGGAUUCAAGAGCAUGGUGAGCCGAGGCUGAGGGGUUGAGCACGAGAUGCGACUGGAUCAGUAAAGAUGACGUUGCUGGCGGGUGAUGGCUCAGACUAUGACUACAGCGCCCUGAGCUGUGCCUCUGACACCAGCCUAAACCAGCCUCCACAGCAAGAGGAGGAGGUUUGUAAAGGAGCUUUUUACAAGAGGGCCCAGCCUGCCCCUGAGAUCAGCACCAUCUCUGACAACACCCCCCUGUCCAGCGCCUGUAAGCUCAGUGCCAUCAUCAAUGUUGGGGGGUUGCGCUACCAGCUGCCCUGGACCACCUUAGAGAACUUCCCCCUGACCCGUCUGGGCCAGCUGCACCUCUGCAGCACCUUUGAUGAGAUCAUGCACAUUUGCGACGACUACGAUGUUGCGCACAAUGAGUUCUUCUUCGACCGCAACCCCUGCGCCUUCCGCAACAUCCUGACCUUCCUUCGUGCAGGAAAGCUUCGCUCCCUCCGGGAGAUGUGCGCCCUCUCCUUCAGGGAGGAGCUGCUCUAUUGGGGUGUCCCAGAGGAGAGACUGGAGUGGUGCUGCCACCGGCGUCUCCUGCAGCGCGUGGAGGAGUUUGAAGCAAUGGAGAGGGCGGAGGAAGAGGAGGAAUUCUUGGAAGAUUUGUUGGAUUCAGAGAACAGGCGCAGGGAGCAAAUAACCGAGUCUAGAUUCGGUCGCUGCAUGAGCAAGCUGAGAGACAUGGUGGAGAGGCCUCAGUCGGGCUUGCCGGGGAAGAUCUUUGCUUGUUUAUCAGUGCUGUUUGUAGCCAUCACUGCCAUCAACCUCUCCAUCAGCACCAUGCCAGCCAUGAGGCAGGAGGAAGAGGAGGGCAAGUGUUCCAAAAUGUGCUCUAACAUCUUCAUUGUGGAGACGGUGUGUGUUGCCUGGUUCUCCCUGGAGUUCUCGCUACGCUUCAUUCAGGAUCGCAGUAAGCUGACGUUCCUCAGAAAGCCUCUGAACCUGAUUGAUGUGGUAGCCAUCCUGCCGUACUACAUCACACUGCUGGUGGACGCCACCUCCAAAGGGGAGAAGCGGCUCGGCUCUGGCAACAGCUACUUAGACAAAGUGGGUUUGGUCCUGCGUGUCCUCAGGGCCCUGCGCAUUCUGUAUGUGAUGCGUUUGGCUCGGCACUCACUGGGCCUGCAGACUCUUGGACUGACAGCCCGCCGCUGCACACGGGAAUUCGGACUGCUCCUCCUUUUCCUGUGUGUGGCCAUCGCGUUGUAUUCUCCGCUGCUGUACUUGAUUGAGAAUGAAAUGGCCACAACUCAGGAAUUUACAAGCAUCCCUGCAACCUACUGGUGGGCUGUCAUCACCAUGACAACGGUAGGAUAUGGGGACAUGGUGCCCAGGAGUAUCCCAGGUCAGGUGGUGGCUCUUAGCAGCAUCCUGAGUGGGAUCCUCCUGAUGGCUUUCCCUGUCACCUCCAUUUUCCACACCUUCUCCCGGUCCUACUUGGAGCUGAAGCAGGAGCAGCAGAGGCUCCUUCAGAGGAGGACACACUUUCUUCUGCGUGGCCGCAUGGCCGGCCUGGGAAGCAACCUUUCCUUAGAGAGCGGCAUCCUCUUCCCCAUGCGGCCAUCUGACACAAGAGACCUGGAAGACUGAGACAAUGGGCUGGGACCCAAAUUGAUGCACGUCUCCGUCUUAGCAGAUGACUUUUAAAGUGUAAUGGAAGGACAUCGGCCCGAUAGACAGCCUCAGAAAGUUCAGAGGGUUCGGUGAUGAAGCAAAAACAACAAAGAGCAAGAAUUUCCUAGAAAGCAACUUGCUGUGCAGCAGUCCGUGUCUUUGGGAAAAAGCCUCAGAAUCACUCUUAGAGGAUGGUUUGUUUUAAUAAACGAUUACAGAUGUGACACCAAACUACUUCGUUUUCAAACUGUUACUGUGAAAGAUCCAUCCAAAACAUUUUAAAUAGCAACUUUUGUCCAAAUUAAUCAUUAGAAAAAACCUUUUUACUAAGGGGGCAACGAUGGCUGAGGAGUUGGAGGGUUGCAGGUUCAUGCCCCGCUCAGUCUGUAGCAGCAGUUGUGUCCUUAGGCAAGACACUUAGGCCCUGUCCACACGUAGCCGGGGAUCUGCCAAAACGUAGAUAUUUUUCUACGUUUUGGCCUGUCAUCCACACGAAAACUGAGUUUUUUCACACGAAAACGGAUCUUUUUAAAAACUCCGGCCAAAGUGAAGAUCUGCGUUUUCUCCAUUUUGGGUGUCUGCGUGUGGACGGACAAAACCGGAGUUUUAAGGUCCGCAACGUCACUUUCCGCGACAAAAAAUGCUGACAUCACGUGUGCGACCUGUGUUUACACUAGCCGACAGCAUGGAUGCCCUCAGAGCUGCGCUCGCUUUAUCAAUCGUCCAAGCGCUUUUUGCUUGUUUGUUUUUGCAAGCGGGAUUACUGCUCCUUGCGGAAGACCACAGACGAAGGACGAGGUUAAGAACGGGGGAAGUACUGCCGCCUACAGGUCUGGUAUGUCCUUAACAACGUAUUUAUCCGGGUACGUGGGGACAGUUUUUUUAAAACGAGGUGGUGUGGAUGCAAGUUUUUGGAGGGGCGGAUGUUCGUUUUUAAAAAAAAACCGGCUACGUGUGGACUAGGCCUUUGUCUGCUGGUGGUGGUGAGAUGGAACCGGCGGUGCCCAGUGACUGCCCCACCUUUUUCAGUUAGCUCCAGGGCUGUUGUGUGUGUGAAUGUGUGCAUGCGGUGAUGAAUGACUGUUGUGUUGUAAAGCACUCUGGGUGCUAUUUAAAGCAGUGGCGGCUCCAGAAAUGUUUUUCUGCAGGUGCUCUGAAGGAGCUAGUCUUUUUAUUGAGGGUGCUAUGAAGGAAGUGGUCAUGCGUACCUGUUGUUCUCUAAAACACCUUCAACACUAGCAGAUAACAUGCAUGCACAACACCUCAACAACACCUGAAACAAUCAUUCAUAUACAUCAUAAACAUGAACAAUCGCUGACUUUUCCAUGAAAUCAUAACAUCAAUUUCCUGUUUUGGUUUAAGUUUUUACUACUAUAUGAUAAUUUACUGAUUAUUUUUGUUUUGUAUGUUAAAUAUUAUCACAUCCACACGUUAAAUUAAAAUUAAAUUGUAAAAAAAAAACAAGUAAUAUUUACUUGGAGGUGCAAUGACUAAUCCAGGGGUAGCUAUAGCGCCCCCUAGCGCCGCCACUGAUUUAAAGGCCACUUACAUUGACAAGAUAUUUAACUAGUGCAGUGAAGCGUGUUUUUCAGACCUUAAUGAGCAGCUAAUUGAGAGGAAACACGACUCCAGUUACAUCAACACUUUUGCAGAUAUGUACAGGUGAAACUCGUAAAAAGGGGAUACGGUGCAAAUGUUCGUUUAUUUCAGUUAUUCAGCUCCAUGCUAAACCAGAUAUUUCAGCCUGUAUUUGUUAUAACCGAUGAUUGUAGCUUAUAGCUUGUAGCUUAUAGCUUAUGAAACCCCACAUUUAAAAUCUCAGACAAUCAGAAUAUUGAGAAAUGGUUCAAGAUUCUAGACUCAAAGUUUCAUGCUCCAGUCAGAUAACGAACACCCACAAAGGGUUCCUGAGCCUUUAGAGGGUAUCUCAGUCUAAGAUGGAUUACUGAAGCAAAAGCACUUUUUCAUCAGAUUCUAAUUUUCUGAGUUUCACCCAAAAUCACAGCUGUUUGUCAGAAACGAGAAUCUUGAGCAAAAGUAACAUGGAGCUGAAUGGAGCUGAGGAAGAGACCACAAUCGGAAGUAGGAACCGAGCUGAGGAAGUAAACAAAGGAUGUGCCUCUCAAUUUUUGUGAAUUAAUUUUCUGACUUGUUUGCCCAAAGAAGAAGAAAAGAUAUAGAAUUUGGGUCAUAAUGUAUAACAAUUAGCCCAAAUAAAUAAGACAAAAACAACAAAACAUAAAUAAGAUUAGUCAGAUAUCCGCUUCAGAAAGUCAGAGAAUGUUUUUAAUCAAACUUUGACACAACACAGCAGCUCCUUGUAGCAACAACGGUAGCCGUGGUGGAAGUGUGUUUAUUUAAAGCAAAUAAAUGCAGUUGUGAAUUCCUCCAAAGUAAAUGGAAGCAGCAAAAUGCCUGUUUUUUACAGCAUAGACAAUAAAGAGUAGAGGCUGCAGCAACCGCUGCUGCCUAUGGCGGCUGCAUUCCUUACACCCCAGCAGGAAAUGCGGGGUCUACCCUUUAACGUCUAUGGAUUACAGUUUCAGCCAUGGCUUUAGCUUCGUGAGAAUCAGGCACUCUUGAACAGAAUUAAACUACAUAGUUCACAAACACCAGAAUAAGCAUGAUCAUGUUAACAUUCAUAUGACAAACUAUGCUGGUGAAGGUUCUCAGUCAUCCAUGGCAUGGUGAUCCAAAGGGGUUCGAACGAAGGCAACUGGACUUCUCUGGUUUCCUGUAGUCUAGUCAGAAUUGGCGAAGCUCCUCGGAUGAGAAUCAAAAUAUCUUCAAGAAACCAAAGAAGUCCAGUUGCCUUCAUUUGAACCUCUUUGGAUCAGACAAACUAGAUAAACCAAAACAUAUGGACAAGUUCAUGAACGAUCGAUCUCAUCCUGGCACAACACUGAUACCCACCAAAGUCAAAAACUGGCAAAACCCCCCAUGAUCCAAUCCAAUCCAAUCCAAUCCAAUUUUAUUUAUAAAGCGCAUUCACAAGGCAUUACAACCAAACAAGGCGCUGUACACUAAAAAUGUUAGUUAAUUAAACCGGCGGUAUACAAACAUGUCGAACACAGAUAAAAGAUAAAAAGGAAAUACAACAAAAUUCCCAAAACUAACAGCUAAAAAUCAAUAAGACACAGGGAGAAUAAAAAUUAGAAAAAUAUUUUAAAAAGAACCUCAAUAGUACAGAAGUUGAUAUUGUGAAGUCCAUUUUUAAACAGUGCAGAUGUAAGUGAGGUUCAUAAUUAUGUUGUAUAAGCUAGGUUGAAGUAGUGAGUUUUCAGGCGUGAUUUAAACAUGCUAGCUGUUGGUGCUAGCCUCACUAGCAGUGGUAAUGCGUUCCACAGCUUGGGGGCACAGACAGAGAAAGCCCUCUCUCCACGGCUUUUUAAACGUGCAUUGGGAACAGCUAGGAGGAGCUUAUCUUCAGACCUGAGAGCACGCGGCGGGUUGUAGUAAUGGACCAGUUCACACAGAUAUGGAGGAGCUUGAUGGUUCAAGGAUUUGUAAGUCAGAAGCAUAAUUUUGAAGUUUAUCCUGAACUGCACGGGCAACCAGUGGAGAGAUUUCAGAAUUGGAGAAAUGUGUUGUCUUCUGUCAGCUCCAGUCAGCAACCUAGCUGCUGAAUUCUGGACCAGCUGAAGUCUAGAGAGAGCUGCUUUACUGAUGCCGUUUAAGCAGGAGUUGGAGUAAUCCAGCCUUGAAGUGAUGAAAGUGUGGACCACCGAUUUCAGAAGACGGACACUCAGGAUGUCAGGAUGAUACCUAAUUCAUGUGUGUGCUUCCAAAGCCGUGGGAGUGAGAGGCUGUUCUCUUUAUCCAUCCUUCUCAUACCCUAGCAGGUCAUGUGGCCUAGCGGGGAGAGGUGGAAAGCAGUCGGAAAACUAACGCAAACAAAAUAUUCCUACAGCCACAUUGUUUGGAGUACAUUCAUGAAUUAUGUCUCGAAAUGCAGGGAUUUUUGUCAGCUUUGAGUCGGGGUUAGGGUUAGGGUUAGGCCAGUGUAACUCUCAUUUUGUUAUGACCUACAGUUCUCCCAGGACUUCAGGCUAAAUCCCCCCAAAAUCCCCAAAACUCACUGCCAACACGUCCCGAAUGAGCUGAAUGUUUUGAAGCUAAAUUUGCUGAAAUUGCCAAAAUAGUGUUGGAGAAGAAGCUGUCUAAAAACACGCAGGAGAAAGUAGUGGCUAAAAGUAAAGAGCAACCAGAUCCCUCUAGUUUGAAUCAAUUGUCAUUGAAACAGUUUUACUCCAUCAUCAAAAUAUCAAAUGAAAGUUUUGACCCAUAGCCAUACAACCAGUAAAACAGAAUCACCAAAGUUGCUGUUUGACGAACAGACAUGCCAUUGUUCUAAUGUCGGAACAAGUCAGAGGAAUUUAAUAGAAGAUGCAGUUUGUGUUGGUGAAGCCUACGAGGAAGAAUCCACGAUUAUAACCCAUACUUAUCUCCAAAUUAUAUUGGACCUCUUAGUAAUCUGCCCUCUGGCAGGGUCAGCAUCUGCAGAAGAACUGUGUCAAGUUCAGUGUUUUCCAUCUUCUCACUGAUGUUCCAGUUGCAACUGUCCACCUGUUCUAAAACAGUGUUACUGUCUUUGUGAUUAGCUAUUUAUAAAUCAUCCUUCUCGUUA